CCGGGCAAUGUUUAGGUUUACCCAAAAAAAGUGCGGCUUAAGUGAAUUCGGUGGCAGGUUCACUCUCUUAUUUAACGCGUGGAGGAAACACACCCAGCCGACCGCUGCUGUCCUGCCCUCCAGGAGCCUGAUACCCGUUCGCAAAGCGAACUUCCGGGGGUUGUCUCUCCCUGAUAACCCUUCGCUCCGCGGUCUGUAUUCCAGAACUCCGAAGGCAGACGUUCAGGUCAUGGCAGGAGAAGAGUUGCCAGGUGUUCUGAUCCUGGAUGUAGGAGGAACUCAUGGUGUGCUAGAAAACCUUGUAGCACUUUUGAAGAAACACUUUCACGUUAUCACCCUAAAGGAAUUUCGUGAAAACAAAGAAGAAAUGAGAAAAAAAAUCCAAUCUGUUUUCGUAUUUGAGAACAGGCCAACUAUUGACCGUGAGCUUCUAGAAAGUCUGCCCAAUUUAAAGGUAAUUGGAAACUCUGGGGUUGGAGUUGAUCACUUAGACUUGAAAAUGAUUUCUAACUUUGGCGUAAAAGUGACCAACACCCCACAUGCCGUGGCGGACUCAACAGCAGACAUAGGAAUGGCCCUGAUGCUGGCCUCUGCCAGAAGACUAGUAGAAGGCUGCCAGAUUGCGGUUUCUCCAGACACGAAGUAUUUUGCUGUCAACUGGUUGGGAGUGGAAGUCACCAAAGCAACGCUUGGGAUCAUCGGGAUGGGCAACAUUGGGUACAAAGUGGCUCAGAGAGCCAAAGCCUUCGACAUGAGGAUCCUGUACCAUAACAGGAACCGAAGAAGAAAGGAGGAGGAAGAAGCAGUUGGUGCCCACUACUGUGAGAAGAUGGAAGACUUGCUGCAACAAUCAGACUUUGUUAUGUUGGUUGUGAACCUGACUCCUGAGACUCACAAACUGAUUGGGAAAAAGGAGCUGGGGCUGAUGAAACCCACAGCUACUCUGAUAAACAUCAGCCGAGGUGCAAUUGUUGAUCAAGAUGCAUUGGUAGAAGCUCUCCAGAAUAAGGUUAUUAGGGCUGCUGCUCUGGACGUGACAUACCCUGAACCUCUGCCAAGAGACCAUCCCUUCUUAAAAUUAAAUAACAUCAUCAUAACCCCUCACAUUGGAACUGCGACGGUCCAAGCUAUCCGUAUGAUGACAGAAGAAGCGAUAGCAAACAUUCUGGCUGUUCUCAAUGGCAAACCCAUUCCAAGUGAAGUGUUUCCCAAAUGAUGUGUGUCAGAUGAUAUCACUAAAUCUCAUAUGUAUGGGAAGCACUGUUACAGUAUUGCUUUUAAACUAAAAAAUAAGCAACCUAUUCUUGCACUGCUCUUGUUGCCAUGAUACUGCAAAGCUGUCAUCUCACUAGACUUAUUCUGUACUGUUAUUUACAAUUCUGAAAAAUAAAGUGGAACUAAUAAAAGAUAUUUGUUUGAAGAUUUUAAAAUGAGCAGUUAUGCACUUCGAUAUCUUCAGUCCGUUAUUUCAAUGAAUACCCAUGUUCUGUUCCCAGUACUUGCUCCCAUAUGAUGAUAAGCAAAUACACCAAACAGUUUGUGUAACACUCUCAAAUAUAUUAAAGGUGAGCUGAGCAUUAAUUCCCUGCAGAAAUUUGCAGUCAAUAUUGCAAUAUUCUAUUUUUAUAUCAAAACACUGAAGAAAGCAGACUCCUUUGAAAUUAUUGUAGGCCUAAGGUUUUCUAGCCUAAGAAGAGCUCUGCUUCAUCCACAUGUUAAAUCAAAACAAAGUAUCUUCAGUUUUCCUGAGGGGAUUUUUUCAAAACCAAAAUAAAUCCCAAGAUAUUUAGUUCCACUGUGCAGACAAAAAUUAAACUUUUAUCUUGACUCGCCAAGAAACAACCUUUCUUUUAAUUUAAGUGCAUAAGUAUUUCUUGGAAAACUCUUGCCUGACUAUCUAUUAUUUUUUAACUUAUGAUAGCCUCAGGAGAAGGCAGUGCAGUUAAGAAGUCACUGGUGUCUCUUCAGAACAUGAGGCUGCAAAAAUCGCUGUAAAUUUAAAAAUUAACCUGGCAACUCAAAAGUUCACGAUGAAGUUGUGUAAUUUCUUUUCAUGGACUAGAUUGGGUCCAACAUUUUUCUAAACUAUAUAUGGUAAUCUGUGAUUUCAGGGCAGGGGAGAUUUGUUACCCUAGACUAUUGAUGGUCUGAAACUAAGUAAUUAGAAAUAAUUUUGUGUUAUGAGCCUGGUGAGAGGGAUAUGAAACCUUACAGACCAUGAGGGACAGAGCUUCCUCAGACUUGAUCAAGUGGAUACCUGUGUGUGUAUAAUUUGUGUUAUACUUAAAAGAGCUUCUUGUCUUGGUUGGUUUACCUCCCUGUCUAAAUAUGUGGUUUGUGAGAUUUCUUGUCAUAGAUGUCAUGAAACAGGACAUGAAAGUGAUUGUUCUUUAAAAUGUCUGGAAAUAAUUAUAUGUCUUUCUUCUGA